CAGACAGACAGACAGAGAGAGAGAGAGAGAGAGACAGAGAGAGAUAGAGAGACAGAGAGAGAGAGAGAGACACAAAGAGUGAGAGAGAGAGAGAGAGAGAGAGAGAGAGAGAGAGAGAGAGAGAGAGAGAGAGAGAGUUUACAGUGUGAGUAGAAUACUAUGCCCACCCUUUUUUUCUUUCCUGCUGCAACUUCUAAGAAUUUCAUGGUGUUUCUACUGACUUGAAUCUCUCCGAUUAGAGCACACUCUAUCAGGAGCUUGCAGGCUCCAUAUACGCACACACACACAUUCUCUCUUUUUCACUCAUUUAUACAUGUACCAUGCAGCUGUGCAGGAGAUGACUUUGCUUCGAGGGCAGUUGGACAUAGGAUCAGAAGAACAUUUCUGAUCAAACAGGAGAGGGGGAUGUCCGUGAAGCUGAGAUUUGAGGUCCCGGCGGAGGAGUGUGUGGUCCAGAGGAGUCGAUCCUUCACAGGGUUCAGCUCCCUGACUGGACGCCAGCGGACUUCUUCAGUGCGUAGCUCCCUCAGGUCCAAGGCCUCCUCAGGCCGACAUCCCAGGAUGCACCUCUCACUGGGCCACGGAGGAGUCUAUGGCCAACAGCCAGAGCAGGUGGAGAGGAUCUUCCAGGCUCUGCGCAAGGGACUGAAAGAAUACCUGGAGGAGCAUCAGGCUGAGAUGGACUUCCUGUUCGCCCAGCAGAGAGACACCAAGAGAAACUCCAGAUUGGCUUUCCUGUAUGACCUGGAGAAGGAGAUCAGGGCCCAGGAGAGGUUUAUCCGCAGACUGGAGUUCCACAUCAGCAAGGUGGAGGAGCUGUAUGAGACCUACUGCCUUCAGAGACGUCUCUGCGAGGGAGCCGUCAACAUGAAGAGAGCCUUCUCCCUCUCCCCCUCCUCUCGAGCCUCCAGAGACAGUCUGCUGGAACUCAACCGUAACCACAGACACAGUCUGCAGGACAUGGCAGUGAUGGAGGGGGAGCUGGAGAUUCUGCUAGGAGAGCUGCACAUCAAGAUGAAAGGACUGAUUGGCUUUGCCAGACUAUGUCCCGGAGACCAGUAUGAGGUAGUGGUGCGUCUGGGUCGACAGCGCUGGAGGAUUCGGGGGAAGAUCCAGGCGGAUGAUCGUCAGUCCUGGGAGGAAGAGGAGAUGGUCUUCCUCCCCUGUAUACAUCAGAACUUUGAGAUUAAGGUGACUGAAGUAAAGGGGCUGGGCUCGCUGCUGGUCGGCAUGGUAACGUGUGCGAGCGCGGACUUCUUCCUGGUGAGUCCUCAACUGAUGCUGGUGGAUGUCACAGAGCUGGGGACCGUCAAGCUGCAACUGGAGGUGCUCUGGAAUCCGUUUGACAGCAGAGAGGUGAAGCCUGUGAGCACCUCCCCCAGCAGACAGUCUCUCCCCAGCAGGAAGAACUCCAUGUACAGCUGGAGCGCCCCCAGCACCCCCAGCUUCACCGAGAAAUACUUCAUGUCCAUGGUGCGCCAGAUGCAGGAUCCUGAAAGCUCCUUCCCCAUCGUGCCGAAGGGGAGGUCUCGGGGUGUUUCCUUACUCAGCUACCUGGCAGAUACGUCAGCCACUCCCACCCUAACGUCCACCCCCGCCCCCAGCCCCCUCCCCCACAGAUGCCCCCCAACCCCCAGCUACGGCCCCAGCCUGGGGGGCAGUCGGACAAAUAUAUCCCUGGGGGAGGAGGAGGAGGCAGGGGAGGAGACGGGGAAGGAGGACUGGACCACCUCAGACCCAGACACAGGCCCAUCCACCCCAGGGCAGAGCUCAAAAGAUCCCCUGGUGGCCAUGCAGAGGUACAGCACCCCAGACCUGAUCAGGCAGGACGGAGGCUCCAGCCCAGACCCCAAUACUAUCCCCAACCUCAGCCCAGACCCCAGCCCUGGUUACGACAUGGACCCAGGGAUGGACAGCAAGAUAAGACUGGAGGGGUCUGUUCAGCAGCUUGCACUGCCCCCUACCCCAGCCCUGGACCCAACCUCCGCCCCCAGCCAACCAGCAGUAGGGAGCAGGGCCCAGAGGCGAGGCCUGGCACUGAGGCUGGGGGGUCUGGUGGGGGGCCUGGAGGUGGUUCUCCAAGAGCGGAGCAGCUCAGAGAAGGAGCUCCGACUUCUGGAGGCCCAACUACUGCACCUCAGCACCAUCCUGAAGAAUGACCUGUCUCUGCUGAAGACGUCGUCAGAGGAGACGCUGGCCGUGGAGGAAGUUCUGGAAAGUUUUGACUUUCUGUCCACCGACUUCAAUGCCGAUGAUGAAACGUCCUGUUUGGGCAGCAUACGUCUAAAAGACAUUGGAAUCAACUCGUUUCAGAAGACCACUCUACGGAGCCUGGGGCUUCUGUCUCAUGAAAGCCAAUCAGCAGAGGAGCUUGGGGUUGUCCCACUGACUUCUGGGAACUGGAGUUUGGACCAGACGUUGGAGACUCACCUUGACAUUUGCACUGUGCUGCUGGAGGCACUGCAGGGGUCGGAGUGUGCUGUAGUUCAGAGGGAGGUCCUGGAGGAGGCCUCCCACCAGGCCAGUGUCCUGGAGAACAUCAGCCGCCUGCUGCUGGAGACCAACGCCAUCUCUGCCAGCAACGUGCUCCCCCUGGCUCAGAGAGGACGGGAGCUGCAGAUGUUCUGGGAGGAGUGCACGUGCGGAGGCUCUCCCUUCUGCUGCGCUGCAGACAGCUUCCUGCAGACCCUGAGGAAGCGCUACACACACAGGGUGAAGGCCAAGCAACCUGGGCAGCCACAUGCAGUGUUGACCCAGCUGCUACAGCAGGUCCAGACCAGUUCCAGAAUGGUCCCCAGCCUCCGGCCAUCUUCUAGCCCAGACAGAGUCACCAUUUUCCAGCUGUCAACCUAUCUCCGCCGCUGGGGAAUCCAAGACAUGGGGGAGCACAUCUCUCUCCUCUCUAAAGAAGUGUACCUGGUCUCCGCCCUGCAGAGUCCCAAGAGGAGGAGGGUGCUGGCGAAGCUCCGAGGGAGGCGCCUCGCCGAGCUCCUCCCCCUGGGCUCCACGCUUCGCGUCCUGGCGAGCCUGCAGACCGACAGCAACCACAAGGUGUGCCGGGCUGCUGCCUCCUGUCUCAGCCGCACCGCUGGGUGCAAGGCCUUCAGGACCAAGGCUGUGGUGUUCUACACAGACACACUGAGCAGCGGGGAGGUCCAGCUUCAGCAGGCUGCAUGUCUGGCCCUCAAAUGCCUCAAGGCGACGGAGAGCGUGGACCAGAUAGCAGAGCUGUGGCGGUCAUCAGAUGAGGACCUUCGCAGUGCAGCCAGGGAGACAGUCCUGUCCUUCGGUAAGAAGGGCCACCAGGCGUUCCAGAGGAUGGAUCAGAUCUACUGUGAGCUUCAGGAGGAAGCCUACCAGAACCAGCACACGGAGAUCACCAUUCUGUAGACCACUACUCCAUAGAUCACCAUGCUAUUGAGAAAAAGGGGUCAGACACAUAUAAGACGAGAAAUUGAAUGGUGGCGUGCCCUCUGCUGGUCAUUUUCCAACCCUGCAGCAGUCUCAAGUUGUCUGUGACACAGCCACGUUCACAUAUCAAACCUCACAGGAACUGAUAUAACCAUUACUAGCUCCAUGUCUGAUGACAUAUUUAUGAAUAUAUUUAAGUGUAUGGUAUGAUCCUAUAUGUUUCCAGUAUGUGAAUUAUAGAUACAAUUAUUCAAGGUAAUGUAAAUACUGUUGUGUAGAGAUAAGGGUUUGUAAUAAAAUAUAUGUUCAUGACAUUUAACAAAUUUCCUGUGAAUUUUAAGUCCCAUUUAUCUCCCCCAGGUGACGUCCUGAAUGGUGCAGGUGGGCAGAUUCACACUCAACUACUCAUAUCUUUAAUGAUCAAACAAACAUAUCAACAGCUACAGCGUCCGAACACAGAAAUACUGAACAGCAUUCUUACAAUGAUUUGGUUUCACCGUCACCUGUAUUUUAUGAAGAAAGGAGGAUUGUAGUUGACUGGUUUUAGUGACAUUAUGGAGGUGUGGGGUCACACUGUAGGGAAGGCUGAGUAAACAAUAACCCAUGAACAUUCCAUCCACAUUUUUUCUUAAAACUUUAACACAAACACAAGAACAGUCCUGAUGCCAGUAGAUUCUGAACAUGUCCAGCUUUUGCAUCCCACAAAUAAUAUCAUGGGCCAAUAUCCUAUGAUCACAUCUUACUAAAAUAGUCCUGUCUGGAACAUGAGAAGUUCAGAGAAUUCUCAUGUGGGGCUGGAACACCAGUUAAACCGCUCAGCUCCUUAGAACCAUGUACAAGAACACCAUGUCAAGAAUAUCUUUCGAGAUCUACCACUGACAAGUCUUCCAGUACUGGUGGCUGAUCAUUUCUAGAUCUGUCAGGUAGCACCGAUGCCCCUCAAUGAACCUGCAUGUUUUUGAACACUGCCAAUCCAGAAUGACAUGACUGGGCACGUUAGAUCCCGGAGCUCCCUGCCCUACAGGGGACGACUCCUAGAACACACAUCAGACGAUCGACCUUUAUUAAAUGAACAGCAGACAGCGGUGCUGCUCAGCAAGGUCGUGGCAGGUGAAGGACACAGGGUCACAAUUGUUUCAGUUGAAGGGUGCCGCUUCACAGAUAGAUCUCUCUCCUCCUCCAACCUGUAGGUGGCAACACUGAGGGUACGAGCCACCAUGACCUAUUCCACCUGCUACUGAAUACCACACUGACGGUCAGCUUUUACAUACAAAACAAUCAUACACUAGUCAUCACUCAUACGUACAAACACACUCAACAAUUGAUUUUCUA